GAACGGAUAAAAGGUUCCAGACUGUUUGUGAUAAGGCUCAAGACAACGUUGUUGCAGAUCACUUGACCACCUCAAUCUGGGCCUGCAACAUGGGAUUGAUCUACGUUUUUCUCGCCCUCGUUCCUGCGUUGGCGGUUUGUGAAGAUACCACUCCCAUCCCCGACAGGAAGGUAUGCUACACAGAUCUCGGCUGUUUCGAGAACAAAGCUCCUUUCGACAACGCCCAGGGAAGAGUGCCCAAGUCGCCCGAACAGAUCGGCACUGUUUUCAGAUUGUUCACUCGCCUGAACAGAACCGACGGCCAGGACCUUUUGUACAAUGACUCAACCUCCUUUGCCAGUAGUGACUUCAAUAGCUCAAACCCCACCAAGUUUAUCGUCCACGGCUUCGGUGGAAGGCUCUCUAACAAAUGGAUGGUCGCCAUUAAAGAUGCUCUCUUGGACACGGUAAGUUAUUAUGCUUAACCAUACCCAAGCCCAGGUGCAUUUUUGAGCAGGAUACAGGCAAAAACAUUAUCAGCAAUUAUUUUGUGGAUAAACCCAUGAACUAUGAGCAUUGCAUAUUUCCAUAAGAGUUGACAUAGUCUCAGGAGAGACGUUGUUUAGUAACGGCGGGUUAUUUGAUGAAAACUGAGUUUACUUAAUAUUCAUAUAAAACUAGUUUACUUAUUUACACAAAACUAAGAUU